UUUUGCUUUAUGCCUUUUUGUUCCUUCCACACAUUUAGUCCCAACAGCCCAGGACCACCAUCUGCUGCUCCCGAAGCAGAGGCUCAAACAACGGCGUCAAGCCUGGAGCUUUAAGACAACAACGGGGAUUCCCGUUAAAAGCACCAAGGUUCCCAAGACAUCGGAUUAGCUGAGUGAAAUUCAUCACUGAAGCUAAGACCACCGUUGUUGCCGCCAUCCAGUCCAAACAAAGUCUCAUAAAUCAGAACAAAAUGGUGCAGAACAAGAUCACGGAAGUUACUGGAUUCCAUCGCUCUUUUAAGGGUCAAAAUCCCUUUGAAUCGGAGGAAUUUUCCAAAACCGGAUCCCAUCUUCUUGAUACGGCCUUUAACUUUGAUUGUUCUGCCCGACUUGACAUGCCAUUCAGCCAGCCCAUUGACAUCCCUGAUGCUAAGAAGAGAAACAAGAAGAAAAAGAGAUGCAGGGCAACAGACAGCUUCUCAGGGCGAUUUGAGGAUGUAUACAAACUGCAGGAUGAGGUACUGGGGGAAGGGGCCUAUGCCAGGGUCCAAACUUGCAUCAGCCAAAUCACCCAUAAAGAAUAUGCUGUGAAGAUCAUUGAGAAGAGGCCAGGACAUAGCAGGAGUCGUGUUUUCAGAGAGGUCGAAAUGCUGUACCAGUGCCAGGGCCACAGAAAUAUUCUGGAGCUGGUGGAAUUCUUUGAGGAUGAGGACAAGUUUUACCUUGUGUUUGAGAAGCUGAGAGGAGGCUCCGUCUUGGCCCACAUUCACAGGAGGAGAUACUUCAGCGAGCAGGAAGCCAGCAUUGUGGUGCAGGACAUUGCGAGUGCUCUGGACUUCCUUCACAAUAAAGGUAUGGCCCACAGAGACCUGAAGCCUGAAAACAUCUUGUGUGAACAUGAGCACAGGAUUUCUCCUGUGAAGAUUUGUGAUUUCGAUCUGGGCAGUGGAAUUAAACUUAACAGUGACAGCUCUCCCAUCUCCACCCCAGAGCUACUCACUCCAUGUGGUUCAGCUGAAUACAUGGCCCCAGAAGUGGUUGAAGCCUUUAACGAGGAGGCCACAAUCUAUGAUAAGCGCUGUGACCUGUGGAGCCUGGGGGUCAUCCUUUACAUCAUGUUGAGCGGUUACCCUCCAUUCGUGGGUCGCUGUGGAAGUGACUGUGGUUGGGAGAAUGGAGAACCUUGUCAAGCGUGUCAGAACACCUUGUUUGAAAGCAUCCAGGAGGGAAAGUAUGAGUUUCCAGAUAAAGAGUGGGCUCAUAUUUCCUCCAGCGCCAAAGACCUCAUUUCCAAACUGCUUGUGCGAGACGCCAAGAAACGUCUCGGCGCUGCUCAGGUUCUCCAGCACCCCUGGGUACAAGGGGGUGCACUUGACUGUCUCCCCUCCUCCAUCCUGCCCCAAAGGAACAGCAACACUAAGGACUUGACGUUCUUUGCGGGCAAGGCAGUUGCCAUGAACCGGCAACUGGCUGAGCAAGACGACCUGGAAGAGCAGCAGCUGCAGGACCCUCCUCAUGUUGUCACGGCUGGUGCCACAUCUAUGCGCAUUUCCCCUCCUUCUAACUCCAAACUGGCCAAGAGAAGACAGAGGAACAGCCUGCUGAGGGGGGCGCCUGUUUCUGCAUCCGAGCUCAGGCAGCUCCUGGCACCGCUGGUCAUUGUGGGAGACUGUGCUUGAUUGGUUGAGCUGGGCUUCCCAAUUUUCCAAUUUCAGAUGGACAAAUGAAAGACUGAGUAUCUGCUACCUUUGUGCAAACAUCCCUCUCCCUUUCCUCUGUUCACUUGAAUAAGACCCAACUAUUUACCAAACAAUGGUUUGGUUCAGGCCUGUCCCAAAUCCAGUUAGAUCCCUUAAGCACUGUCGCAAGAGCUCCAACAGCACUUUGAUCAACUCUCAACAGCCCGGGAACAACGGUCACCUGGACAGCUCUAGGCAUUUGAACUAGACUGGGUUUAGGAUAGAGUCUGGGUUACAUCAGCCAUUCUGAAAUUUGUCUCAAGGCAGAGCAUAAAAUACCAGCUCAUAUACCAAAGGUCUAAUACCCCUACACAAACCUCUUUUUUUUUUGUUUUUGUUUUUUUUUGUGCUGCUUCCACAUUACAACUGGAUCCACUGUGAAUUUUCUCUGCGAGAAAUGCAUUAGUUUUAUGAAUGUUCUGCCUGUACGUUUGCAUGGGUGCUCCCCCCUCCCUUUAAGCAGAUAUCAAAGAUACUAGUGUGUGCUUAUGCAACACCGAUGAAGGCAUUAUUUUAGAGGAGAUCUCAUCUAAGUGGAGCGAAGCUCUGAUAAUAGUGCCUCACCCCAGUUAAUGCAUCCCUGAGUUAUUUAUGAUAUAAAUAACUUUACAGCUCAAAUAAUAAACAAGUUUUAACAGAAAAAUUAAUGUAAGUGCUUUUAUUAACCCCCCUCCAUUAUUUAUUUUUUUUUAAAGAAAAGGAGGGACAAGUCAAAAUAAUUUUUUGUGCUUUACAGCAUUGUGCCACAAAUGCUGUCCAUAUUAAGAUGCUGCACAUAUAUAUACAUUAUUAUUAUUAUUUAUUUUUUAUUUUUUUUGCAAUGCAAGAUUUCCCACCUUGCGAAACUUAGAAUAAAUAGAAUUGGUGAAUACAAUGCAUCCAAACCAAUGUCCAGGAAACCACAAAAGUUCCCCAUAACUGAACUGUCACCAAAAACUGAUGAGAUAUUCCUGAGCGCAACAGGGAUUAAGUGCAUGCUGGGAGACAGCCAGGUGGUUGCACAAGCACACAUUUGCCAAUGUGAAUGACGAUGGCUGGUAUCUGGGAGUCAAGGCAUUGAGCAUGUGGCCUCCAUACUGAGGGGGGCAAUUAUGGUACGGAAAUAUUAAACCAUCACCUUGUGGGUGCCGCCAAAAGUAAACCAUUCUAAAUAUUAAGAGGGGAUGGAGAGAUUUAUUUUCAAAUAGUAUAAAACUUUAAAAAAAAAAUUAAAAAAAAUUAAAAAAAAAUGGAAAAAGCAUUCCAGGAAAAAAAGGAUUUAAAAAAAAAAAAAUAACAAAAAAAAAAGUCUUCCAAGAAAAUUUAGCUGUAUGAGUGAAAUGGUCUAAGAAAGUUUACUUUGGUUUUUAUAUGUUUAUAGUUGACUCCAAUUCAGAGUGUGCCACACUGAUAUUUCAAACUUGUAGAGCUUUGUUUAACUUUUUAUUAAAAAUAUUAUUUUCUAUCUUAUUUUUAAACAGGUGCUGUUUGUUGGAACAAUUUUAUUUCAUUUUUGUAUUGUUUUUUUGUUACUUAUGAAUGUUGAUUAUUUGCUGUAAAGAGAGAGCAGAGUUUAAGUAAAUGUGACUUGAGCAGGAAAAAAGGAAGGAAAAACGAAGGAAGUAAACAAAAGUCUGAUAGUCCUUGCAGAUGUAUUGUUUUACUGUUUUUGCUCUUGCUUUGGAAGUGACUUCAGGGUUGUUCAAACUCCCCUGUUCUCUCUGUAAUUAUUGGUGGCUUGGUUGUUUUAGGGAGAUGCAACUAAUUUUGCCAAAGUGCACAUCUCUAAAAUCUAAUGCUUUAAUGUCAGCACGUGUCUGGGAGUGCUGAGCUUGGAUCAGUUUUAACCAUUCACAUGCUAAAUUCAUAAGACACUGUGGACUUAGUUAAGGGGAGCAUAGAUCACCAUUCUCUGUCAGAGGUGCAUUUGGGCCCAGAGAUCUGGAUUCAAAUUAAGUCUUUAUGAAUCAACAAGCAUUAGUGUCAGUAAGCAUUAGUGUCACCAAUGGGAGCUGAAAUCACCCAAGCAUAUGAUCCUGUUGAAUGUUUUCAGAGCGUCACCAGUUCUUUUGUGUACAGCUCUAAAAUAUAUGAAACCUAAUGGCAAUCCUUGGUUUUGAAGGACCCAUUAUGCUGAUUAUGACACUGAUUGUAACCUAUACAGAUUUUCUUUCUUAUCUUUUAAGAAUCUUUUUACAGAUACAUCUUUGUGGGGGGUUUUAUGUCUUAUAGUAAGACUUAAAUUGUAUGUGCAGCGGUUUCCUCUUGUUUUGUUCAGGAAACUACUUUGCUACAAUGAAUAUGUACAAAUGGAAAACAAAAGCUUUCAUAAGCUGAAAUUUAAAGCAAUCUUUGGUCUGGAAAAUACAAUUUCCGUGACUUUUGUUCAGUAUUUUGUCUUUUUCUCUUUUUGCUUUGUUAUAUUGCAGAUAUCCCAAAUGUUUGGGGUUUGUAUUUUCUGAAGUGUCUGUGGUGCUUGGCCGGUGUCCUGAAAAUAUAUGCUACCUAUCAGGAUGUGCUACCAAUGCUAUAUUUGCUUAGUUUUAGGGUUGGGGUUUGGGGUAGGGUUAGGGUUAGGGCUUAGUGCAGCCUUACACCAUAUCACACUAUCUGAUAUGUAUGUUGGUAGCACAUUCUGAUAGGUAAUAUCUGCCUGACAAGAUGUGCUACUUAGGUUUUUAACACAUGCUGUUGUAGUACAUACCGACAGGUUCUCCCGUGCCUCCCAACAUGUGCUACCCAUGUUUUAACUUUACAUAUUACUGUUUUUACUGCUGGUAACACAUCCUGAGCAGGUAGCACAGAUUGUCAGAACACCAGCCUCAAAAGUCCCUGUGCCUCUGACAGAAGAUUCACCACUGUUUUACCUAUACAGUUGUAUGGGUUGCCUUGUAUUAACAAAUCUGACUUGUAUUCUGAAGAUUUUUUUUAGGGGGGUUUCAGUUGCAAUUAAAUGUCUGUGUUUUACACAUCCCAUUACAAAACAAAUGUAAAAGUAUCGUAAUAUGAUGUCCCACCCUCCACCCAAAGAUUUUUGGGAUAAAAAGUAUUCAGGUGCAUGUUUUUUUUUUUUUUUUUUUUAAUAUGACUCUCGAGCCUGAAGUCAAUUGUUUUUGGAGUGUUUCAACACACAUUAAGAGCACUGUUUGUCCAUUUCCAAUUUCCAAGGUUUGUCAUUUAGUCCAAAAUACUAAUUGGGGAUAAAAUUGGAAAUGGGGCCUCACCUGGGAAAACAUAGGUAUUGAUUUAAAGAAGCACUUUACUGUACCAUGUGACUAAUUGCAGUUCACUCAAAGCUAAAUUUCUGACUGUUGUUGCAGAAUUUUGUAUCGUUUUGUACAAAACAAACCAAGAAAAAAAAAUGCAAUAAAAUGCUUUAAACAUAAA